AUGGUUCAUCAAGAAGAGAGCAACUCUUACGCUUCUCUCAUGCUCUCCAAACUUCUCAAUGAGAAAGUGUCAAAGGUCAUGGCGAUUCUGAACCUGUUCGCUGUUUUUGUGCUAACGUUAGCAGUUCAUGGAGAAAAUUCAGAUGAGUGCAGAACUAUUCUAUUCAAACCAGUCAUCAAAGACAAGUAUUUACUUCAUCACAUAAUCAAAUCUGUGCCAGCUGAAAGUGAAGUAGGCUGUGAACUGAUUUGUUAUGAGGACCCCGACUGCGUGUCUUACAACUACGGGCCACUACUAACUGAGAUUCCUAUAUGCGACCUGAAUAACAGCACUCAUUUACAAGUCACCAGCGUGAAUUUCAUUUCCAGAAAUGGCUACAGCUACCGUUCAUCACAGAAUCCUUGUAGAAGCAGCGCAUGUCAGAAAAAUUCUACUUGUCAAUCUGGGUUUACUUCAAAAGGAUACUGGUGUGUCUGUCCACAAGGAUUCGGGGGAGAGAAUUGUGACCAAGUCAUUCUGCCUCAGAACUGUUCUCAAGCCCCAAAAGAAACAGGAGUCUACGAGAUUUCCAAUCAUGGAUCAGAUUCAUUCCCAGUGUACUGCGACCAGACAAGUGAUGGAGGUGGUUGGACGAUGAUAUUCAAAUACAUUGGAGGAGAUUCUUCCUCUCCGACUGGUGACACUUUAUGGAGUUCAUCCGACACAUUAUCAGAAAAUAUUAUCGCUGCCUUAGAUACCACUUCAACCUACCAGGGAAACUACAAAAACCGUAUCGUUCAAAGUUGGCAAACUUUUAACCCUCGAGAGGUUCGUGUAGUGCUUUACACGAAUGGAGCAGAAGUUAUGUCUAUGAAAUUCAAUGCCAGAGGAACAACUAACGUGGACUGGUUUACACAAAAUAAUCUACUUCAAUCACCAUGGACAGAUCUUAAGAAUGCGACAACUUUAAAACCCUUUCGCAUCAAGGGCCAUCACGGUGCACGAAACUUUGAAAUUACAGCUAAGUACGCAGGAUGCCCUAGUGAUGUUGGGUGGUUUAUAAUCGGAGGAUCUUACUGUGCCUGGGAGAGAUUUCACCCUGUGCCGGCAAUUCUAUACAGCAAGAAAACUCAUAAAAUCACAUGGAAUAAUAGCCAAGCCGACGUCGGAGGCGCUGCUGAGGUUAUGGUUGUGUACGUACGUUGAAGACCAAGGAUGCCAGGCAAUGAAUAAUCUGAAUGAAA